AUGCUUUUCAAAACAACUGCGCUUGCCACACUCCUUGCCGUGGCUCAGGCCCGGUUCAAUCAAGAACAGAUUCCCAUCCCAGCCAUUGCAGCUGUCCAGGGCGGUGCUCCAGGAGUAGCUCAGACCAUCGCUGGUGCUGCUGUAAGCGAUCUCCUGGCAGCAUCCAAUGCCUGUGACAAGCUCAAGCGGGGUGACCAAAUCAUCGCUGAACUCGGCACCGGAGCUGAUGCCGUUGCUGCUGCUAUCGGCAUUGUUGCUGCGGAGAAGAAUUUCAACCCAUUCGUUCAGUCGAUCCCUACAAUCUGCGAUGACCCUACUUUGCCGGCUACGGAUGUCCUCCGAGGUAUCACGCCUCUUAUAGAUCCGGCAGUGGUUGGCUCAGAUAUCGCAAACGCAUUGUCUGCUAAGACCAAGGUGACUCCGCUUGAUGCCACUGGCAAAAGUGUUGCGGACCUGCUCGCUGAGAAUGGGUUCACCAAUUUUACUGGUCAAUCUGCGGCCGGUGCUACAAGUGCUGCUCCAGCUGCAUCCGGGAGCGCUUCUACCGAUACCUCCAGCACCACUGCAGUUGCUGCCACUUCAGUAGCCAAUGCCUGUGGCACCCUCGUGACAUCCGUUGUAACCUCUGCAACCACCUCUGCCGCUGUCGAAACCACGACGGCUGCGGCAGCUACAGCAGGCAACGCCACCGAGACUUCGACAGUCAGCGGAGCCGACUUUGGUCUCUGUGUGCCAACCAUGAAGUUCGAAGGCGGGCUCGAUGGCCGGCCCGCCACCGAGUUUACUUUCCUGCCCAUCGACCCGCUCUGUGCCCAAGGUCAGCAGGAGGCACUGAAUCCGAAUAUCAUCACCAACCGAAUCUGCGAUCAACUGACCAAUGUUUGUGAAGCCAAUGACGCAGCAAAAACAUUGUGUCGAAGUGUCCAGGCUCAAAUCCAGGCGCUAGGAACUAGAGACAAGUCGACCGCAGACACUUGGAACACCAACCUCGGGUUCGCUGGGGCGAUCACGAAUCCAGAUGGUGGCCCUGCCGAGCCGCCUGCGAAGAUGAGAGUUGUUCGAUCUUACAAAGACUAUUGA